CUAAAAUUGGGGUUGGGCAAUGUUGUUGCGUCUGAACGAUGACGUAACUACGUAAAAAGCUGUCGACUCGGAACUGGCUCACAUUUUUUGCACCGGCACAGUAACGUUAUGCAAAGCAGGGGGCCAUGGCUUGGAAGUCGAGGACCCGCAACCUGCAGGUGUUUGACACGGAGCUGAGCGCCGACACGGCGGAGUGGUGUCCUCUGUCCUCCAGACAACACCUCCUGGCCUGUGGGACCUAUCAGCUGCAGAAAGGGGCUGGGGAGGAGGAUGCUGCACCGAGCCGGACCGGUCGUUUGUACCUUUUUGAAUUUCGGCGAGAGGGAUCGAUGAGCCCCCCUCUCAUUGAGCUACAGCGCAUGGACACAGCAGCUAUUUUAGAUUUGAAAUGGUGCCAUGUGCCGGUGUCAGGGGAGGCGGUGCUGGGACUGGCAGCUGCCACCGGAGAGCUGCAGCUGUACACACUGUCACACAGUCAGGAGGGGGGCCGCAGCCUGCACCCUCUGUGCAGUUUGGAGGUGGGGGCCGAUCGGCUGGCUCUGUCUUUAGACUGGUCUACUGGAAGAAUGGACAGCAGUGAUGUGCGGGUGGUGUGCAGUGACUCAGCGGGCUGCGUCAGCGUGCUUUCUCUGGCUGAAGGCGCUCUGGUCUCACUCUCCCAGUGGAAGGCUCAUGACUUCGAGGCCUGGAUCUCUGCCUUCUCCUACUGGGACACACAGCUGGUGUACUCUGGCGGUGAUGAUUGCAAACUGAGAGGCUGGGAUCUCAGGGCCGGUCCGGCCUGCCCCACUUUCACCAGUAAAAGGCACUCAAUGGGUGUGUGCAGUAUUCACAGCAACCCGCACAGAGAACAUAUCCUGGCAACAGGCAGCUACGAUGAGCAGGUUCUGCUGUGGGACGGCAGGAACAUGCGGCAGCCUCUCAGUGAGACUCCGCUGGGGGGGGGAGUGUGGAGGCUGAAGUGGCAUCCGACCCACGAGCAGCUGCUGCUGGCCGCCUGCAUGCACAACGACUUCCACAUCCUCCACUGCCAGCAGGCCCUCGAGGCCAGUGGAGGAGCAUGUCCUGUGGUAGCCUCCUACAUACUCCACAACUCUCUGGCGUACGGAGCCGACUGGUCCCACCUGUCCCUGGAGGAAGCGGCCCCAUGCUCCCCUGUCGCUGCAGAACCCAAGGAAAGCCUCACAGAGAGCGGAGGGCACUUGAGGAUUCAGUAUGAAUCUCCCACAGCCAGCUUUGAUACUUCCUUGGAGGACGAUGCAGGACGAUACAUCCCAGAGAGCAUUGCAGCGCCCGCUGUCCUGCCUGCUGCAGCCCCUGUCUUCAGCUCUAAAGAGGACGCCCCUUCACUGUCCUGUCUGCUGGCCAGCUGCUCUUUCUAUGACCACAUGCUCCAUGUGUGGCGCUGGGACUGGACUCCAGAGGAACCAGAGCAAUGCUGACCCGGCUGGAGCUCUGGGUGCAUUGACACUAAAGAAAUAUCUUCUGUUGUAUUAUAACAUGUACCUAAGUAAUGCAGGAUGUACAGCCCCACUUCAUCACACAAUUUAACAUAUCAAGGAUAAGUAAACCCUGUAUUCAAGAAACUUGAUUGUUAUAAUAAAACUUUGAUUUAAACAAAUUGCUUAUA